AUGUAUAUGGAUCAUCCACUACAACCAUAUGACGAAGACGAUCGGAUCUCGACAUGGCUCAACUCGCUCGACGUGAGCGCCCUCCACGACGGCGAAGGCUUGGGCGGAGGAGAAUAUCCGUAUACGGAGCCCGCCCUUCGCGCCGACUCGCCUCUCGAGGGAUGGCUGUCUCCAUCCGACGCCAACACCGAUAUCCUCAAAGCAGCAACAACGUCGCCGAACGCGCUCUUGAACCCGUCCCCCGACUACGCGCGUCGCCUACCCAGCCCCGCACCCCCAAGCGUUAACGAAGGUGAAGGUGAAAGUCUAGAUGGGAAGAGAGAUGAGGAAAGGGACAGGGAAAAUGAGGAAGACGCGCUCCGCGAACUGCUGUACCACCUACGCCUACCAGAGCCCUCACCAGCACCGCGCACGUGCUCCAGUCGCUCACUCCUCCCCUCCCCACUUAUCCUCUCCCCCUCGCUCUCUCGCAAGCCCUCGGCCUGUGUAUCACCCACAACGUCGCGCAGGGCGUCCCGGAGACAGAGCCAGAGACCGUCCCGCCGGACGUCCCUCACUGUCGCCCCGAACUCACCCCAUAGGCAUGCUAUGUACUUCCCCACGCCUGCUGUACCGACGCCCAUAUCCAAUCCCGCCCCCGCCUCUACAUCUGCACAGACACUGGAGUAUGAAGACCCCGUGUCCCCAACGACGCCAACAACGCCGAGCACACCAGCGCUCUCCCCUUCGUCCUCAACAACAUUCACCACCGCCUCCCACUCCCACUCCCCUUCCGCCUCCCACUCCACUUCCCAUUUUACCUCCCCCUCUACUUCGGUGUUCCAAAUUGACGCGGGCUCGUGCCCGUCGUUCUCCUCGUUCGCGUUCCCGGACAGGAAGACACCGACGCCGACACACCCUACUGAGUACGGGUACUCACCCCGGCACUCUCGACACGAGCACUCCCUCUCCUGCGCAUAUUCACACUCGUCCUCGCAAUACUCGAGCACGAGCGGGCACGCGGACGAGUACUCGGGUGAACCCCAAUACUACGGAGGCUUGGAAGAAGAGUAUGUGGAUCACGGUGUACUCGGCGAAGAAGUAUUGGAACGACAAGACGUCUGUGAGCGAGAAGGAUAUGGAAGAGGAUUGGAUGAACGAGGGAUGUCCUCGCGCUGGUCCCUUAGCUCCUCGCUUGACGACCACCCUCUUCCUCAUUCUACCUCACGCAAUUCCCCCUUCCCCCUACUCAACACUUCACGCACCUCUUCCCGCCGCUCUUCCCGCUCACCUUAUACCCCAUACUCGCCUACUUCACGCUCUUCUCCGAGCUCGCCCACUUCCCCAAACAAAGACAAGACGGGGAAGAAGAAGAAGCGUGGUCUCUUCACCAGACGUAUUUCCUCCUCGUCCAAUACGCCAAACCCCGAGUUCGCGCCACCGAACACGCCUGUAGAGAUGGACGCCGAAGCGCCUGAGACCAUUGGACGGAGGCGGCGCUUGGUAUCGUUCAUCUCCAGGAUCGCACAUGCCAACUCCAAUGUUAACACGCCCACCAUCCCAAGUGUGGACGCAGCGCCGGAGUUCGCGUGUUCCAACUCGCCUUCUGAUGUAUCUUUGGAUACUCCGUCCGUACCUUCGGCGGCGGGCGAUCGUGAGCAGUUUGAGGAAAAGGAAGUCGAGGAAGUCGAAGAGUUGGGUUCGAUCGAGUUCGCCGUGCCCUCCUCGUCCUCCCACGACUCUCUCCUCCCCUCUGCGCUCUCCGUCACGAUCGCAAAGGUUGACGUAGAGAAAGCCUUACCACCAACACCCCCUUCUUCCUCCCCGACACCCCCUCUCGCCCCCUCAAACCCUUCUCCCUCUGGUACACCUCCCCCGCAGUUACCUCAAAGGCUGAGGACCUCGCGCUCGCACGGGACCCUCCCUCUCCCUAUCCCUCACAAGAGGGAACGGGCGUUCACUGUCCCCCACCACCCACACCCACAGCCCACCCAAAACGAACAACAACGCCCACAGCUGAGGGCCCCGCGCUCCAUGGGCGCUCUGCGGACUUUGGGGUACGAUCGGUCCUUAGCGGCUACUUCGUCUGUGCACUACCUGCCGCGUGAGAGCUAUGCGCUUGAGGAAGUCGAAGUUCUCGAAGAGGUAGAAGAGGUCGGCGUGGCCUCGCCGACGGCGCCCUCCUUCAACACUGCCGACACGCACGCGACUCACUUGACGAGCUCGACGGAGCCUCUGAUCUCGACGCCGCGCGAGCAUUCGCUAGACGUUCAGCUUCCGCUUUCCUUGGACACGCAGAUGCAAUCGUACGUACUACCUUCUCCGCCGUCCCCCACACAGGCGAGCCCGACGACGCCCUCGAAAUCGCGCACCUCGCGCCUCAACACGCUCAACAUGCACACGCUCAACACCAUCAAACUCUUCGGGCUGCACGCCAAGGGGCGAGGAAAGAAGCGAAAGCUCGUCGUCUCCGGGAUCGAGGACGAGCGCGGGUACGAGGCCGUACGCGCGUGGUGUGAGGCAUUCGGCCAAGUCCGCUCGUUCGCGCCCUCCUCCGGCGGGGACGGGAGCAAAGGAAGCGUGGUGGUCGACUGGAAGAAAGCGAGCGUGGCAGAGACCGUGUGCCGCGUGCAGGCGACUGUGUGGAUCCGCGGGGCGGGGAGUGUGGCGUUGAGCUGGUUCGAGUGA